GCUAGCAAUUCGUUAGCUAGCUUACGUUAGCUAGCAGUUAGCUAGUGGUGAAACAAAAGACAGUUUGGAGAUGGAAAGGGUGGCUCUACUGACAGAGGUAAAAAAGAAGAAAAGGGAUGAGAACCUCAUCAAGGCCAAGAUGCAGCGUACAUUCUCCCUCAGGAGACAGGAGGUUCUCCAGGAGCCAAAGAUUCCUGAGUUUUUCAAUAAAUGGCCAGCACUCUUGGACGUCACUGAGAUCAAGUGGGAGUUUAUGCGGCUGACAACUGUACCACUGACCUCGAAAUUUUUGGGGGAACUUGACCGCCUGACCAACGACUUGAUCGGGGUUUUCAACACUAAAGGGGGAGUUGCAGGGAAAAAAAUCGGAGCCAUGAUGGCAAAGAUGGAGAAUAAUCAAGACAUCAACGUGAGGCGUGAUUGCAUUUUGAGAUGUCUCAGGAUCUACCUCUGUGAAGACCUGGACACAUUGGUCAAAGAAUACGUGGACAUGGAAUGCAGUGAGUCAGAGGCAGAUGUCGCAGGGACAACCAUGGCAAUCUACACCGUUCAAGCUGAGGGUGAUGAUCAUGAUGGUCCUGGUGGACUCUUGGCAGAUGUCGGCGUGGUCCUGGAAGGGGUUGAAGUUCUCCACAACCUCCAAAGUAUCAACCAUGCAUGUGUAAUGCUUUAUGGGUUGAUCUAUGCUCUUAAUCUGAGCUAUCCAAGAAGCUUGAAGAAUAUAUUCGAAGCUUACCAGAAGAUCCUGAUGGACCUGGAAUCGUCUAAACUUUCCCCCAAAGUACGAACACUGAAACUCAAAUUGCUCAGGUGACAAUUUUUUGGGGGUUGGGCGGUGAUGGGAGGAGGAAGUACAGGAAGAGACCGCCCAUACAUGCCGAUAAAGUGUUUAUAGUGUUCCUGUACAUUCGCAGCCUUGAAGAUUCACACAUCGAACACACA